UUCACCAAAGUAUAAUUCCCAGCCAAAACGCAGCCCUUACCAGCCCAAGUAUUUUUGAAGAAGAAAGUCAAAGUCAGAGUCCCAAAAAGAGUGAAAGAAAUGGCGGCUUCAGCUUUCGGACAAUGCAAUCUUGCUCCUCGUACAACAACUAUAAUAAAUCCUACGCAACGUCAGCUCUUGUCUUUGUCUUUCAACAGACAAACCGUAAACUCUUCUUCACCUGCACUCUCAUUUACCCAAUCUCUAGGUUUUGGGUCUGCAAUUGAGAGACAUUGCGAGGAUCUAAACCGGUUUACAACGUGUGCUGUUCGUGAGUUGACUGGUUCUGUUAUAUCUGCCAAGGGCCAUCGCUUUGCUGUUGCACAGAUGACGUGUCACUCUUCUGGAUGGCUGCUGCUUCAACGCGUGCCCUCAAUUUUGGCAUCUGCAGACACCGCCUUUUGCCACUGUAGUUGUAGCUUCCUUGUGCUGUAUCUACAUUUUGCUCCACCCUUUGGCGUUCCCAUUCUGCCCUCUGCUGUGUACAUACAGAUAUUUGUAGAAAACAGUUACAAGAUGGAGCAGAGGCUUAACAUCGCUGCAAUCACACCAGCGACUAAAGACUGGACUUGUAAAGUCCAGGUUGUAGAUAAAUUUCGCCCAAGGGAGAGCAAGGAUCAGAAGACACACUUUCAGAUAGUUAUUGUCCAGGAUGAGCACGAAAAACAGAUUUGCAUUAUAUUGUAAGGUGAUGAUAGAGGCUGCUAUCACGAGAUGUUUGAACUUUUCAACACUUAUCUGAUCUCAUCCGCCAAAGUUCGAGAGAAAAAACCUUAUUCAUUACGAAUCAACAAAUAUGAAUGGGUCGUGGAUAGUUUUACUAUUGUUGACUGUGUUGAAAAGCAUAACGACAAAGAAGCAGUCUUGCCUCCUGCGAUGAGAUUGAAUGUGGUUUCCCUCCUGGAUCUUGAACGACAACCUAUAGGUGUUGAAUUUGACUUGCUGGUGGUCGUCGCAAAUUGUUGCACGAUGAAAUCUACUGCCAACCAAACAAAGCUAUUCCAGGAGGCUAUAGUUAUGGAUAGCAAGAGGAAACCUUUUCUCUUCAUUAAAUGGGAAGACCUGGCCGACAACGAAGGAACCAGGCUACUGAGAGAGCUAGACGAAUACCCUAUUAUUGUUGCGAAGCGGAUAGAUAUGACUGAAUUCCAUAAUGUGCGAUAACUUUCAACAAGGUACAAUUCAACGAUCUUAAUUGAUCCUCUCUACAUGCAGACCUUAAGAAGCUGGGUGAAAGACAAUGAGAGAAUGUUAAAGGCGUACACCUUGAAAAGCUUAUCGGAUUCACCUUCGUCGCUCAAUCUUGCCCCUAUUGAAGAUGACAUAUUACCCAUUUCCGCUAUAGCUUUGCAUUCUACUAUGAGUUUGCUAACUUGUAUGAUAAGUUUAUUCUCAUAGUUAUCUGCCCAAAUCUACACUGAUUCCUGCUAAAAUCCAAUUUUCUUUUUUACCGACUCUGGUUUUUAUCUAACUGAAAAAGACAUGACUGCUCACAUUUACGAAUCAUAGCACUUGGCGUUUGUUGAUUUCUUUCCACUGAAAA